AUGACAACGGUGCAGUCCGUGUCUCAAAAUUUUUCUCGAUAUCGUGCGCAAGGUAUGACAACCGAUGUCGAAAUGCCCGCGCCUGCGCCUGUGAAAAGCGUCGAACAGAACCCUUCGCUCGCGAGGAGCAGGUCUCGAUAUCGUCGCAAUCGGCCAUCGUCAAAUGGAAAUAGCGCACCUCCCCUUCCCAUAAUCCCGGGCCAUGCGCGAACUCAGCCGGAGCAAAGGGGUGAGUUACGAGAAAUUGAGCGGGCCACAAUCAAUCGCCCUUUGGCAACACAAAAUGAAAAGGGAUCGUACAUGCGCGAGGUGCACCGACAAGGUGCCAUGGAACAAUUGACUGGAGGGGAUAACUCGGCGCAAAGCAUUCGGCAGCCUCAGGUGUCCGCAUCUGCCUCGUCAAAGCAGGUCCCGCAACAACCCCGAUCGCAACCUGCCUCGGAACAUGCCCCGCGCAGUUCGCAUUCAGGAAAUGAUGGGAAUCGCUUGACUUUCUUUCAGAAAGUCAAACUUUCAAGAUCUAAGGACCAUGUCAAGAAAACCGAGUCUCUGCCCAAAUACAUUGGGGUGGGCGGAACCGGAAUGGUUCCAGGACUGGACGCUCCUGUCAGUGCUGUCAACGCUGGAGAGCGACGCGCCCUUGUCAAAUAUGGAGAUGUCACUGCGGAUCUCACUGUCACUCCGACAACCCAGGUCCGGGAUAUAUUGCUGGAUGCCACCAAACACUUAUCUCGGGACAUUAAUGCAGAGAAAUUCAUUCUCAUGGAGUCUUACUCUCAAGUUGGCCUAGAGCGUCCUCUCCGCCGCUACGAGCAUGUCCGGGAAGUCAUGAACUCCUGGUCACACGAUGCGGAAAAUCAGUUCAUCCUCGAGGCUGGGCAUGCCCCCAGCGGGCAACCAUCCCCAGUGACUGUCCAUAUUUACCAUUCCCAGCGUCGUCGCAAGUGGGAUAAGCGAUAUGUCACCUUGCGUGCUGAUGGACAAGUGACAAUCUCAAAAAAAGAGAGCGCUAAAGAGCAGACCAAUAUCUGCCAUAUAUCGGACUAUGACAUCUACUUUCCCAGCGCUCGAGCGCUAAACAAGGAUAUCAAGCCGCCUAAAAAGUUGUGCUUCGCAAUUAAGAGCCAGCAGAAGUCGUCCAUGUUUCUGUCCACCGAAAACUUCUUGCACUUUUUCUCGACCAGCGACAAGUCUAUUGCAGACACAUGGUACCAAGCAGUACAGAAGUGGAGAAGUUGGUAUCUUAUCAACAAGAAGGGAGCAGGUCAGAAUUCAGAGACCGAAACACUUCCGAAGCGCGCUGGGACGAAGAAAUCAACCCGUCAGCCGAGAGGUGUGCACAACGAAGUCCCACUUCUGAAACGGGAGACGUCGACCGAAUCUCCGAAGCGUGAAAGCUCUGAUCAGCAAAGGCCGACGAGCUCCAAGGGCUUGUUUACCCGGAAGAAGACCCUUCGUGGACAUGGGUCUCCUCCAGCUUCAUAUCCCCAGCCCCUGACACUCGAUACCGAUAUGGACGGACCUUUCACUGAUAAGCAUGCAUUAAUCUCGGGCAUCUCUCCUGAAGAAGUAGAAACUUCUACUUUUUCACCAUCCGGACUCCUAGGCCGAACUUACACCCAACGACAAACCGCUAUGCGGGAACGGGAUGAUCGCGAUAGGAGAGUUAAGCAGGAACCCUUUUCAGGCGGUGGCUUUAUGGGCGGGGGAUCCAUGCACAACCCCGCCUAUGAUUCAAAUCCCAAUAGUCGAACCAACACAAUGACUCGUGCUCCCGAUCCAUCCCUUUUCAGUCGAACUCUAUCUGUCAGCCAGAAGCCUCUGGUUGAUCUCACUCCAGUCUAUGCCGAGCCACCACAGCAUAGCCGCAAAGGAAAGGGCCACGGCGUCAAAGUCCAACCAGGCAUGCAAUUGAUUGAUGGCGCCACUGGCCCAGAUCAGACUCCAGGAGGAAUCUCUAUCCCACCAUCGACUUCGUGGCGACGGCCGGCCACAGACCCCAUACCUCAGCGGCAAAAUACCACCCGCAGCGUGCGCCAUCACUCAAAUAAGUACGCGACCCCAAGUUCUGCUGAAGGAAGCCCUGCGCUGCCCGCCACCGACUUCACCCCAAACAGCCUGCUGGCACAUUCUACCAGCACGGCUAGUCAUCGGAAUCCGCGUACCGGACAUGGUGUUGCAACGGGUGACCGCAAUGCCACACGACCGUUGUUGGAUGUGUCCCCGGAGAACCCCUUUGUAGAUGGCAGUCUCCUCCGACAGUUAUAG